GAAAGAAACACCACCGUUUUUCAAUUUGGGGUUGAUUCACUUUUGUGCUGUAUAUAUUGUUUUACUAUCGAAACACGCCAUUGUCGAAGCGAAAACAAGUUCAUGAGUUUGACGAAAACGAAAAUAUCGAGUAGCGCCUCGUUUGUGCGUCUUGCAUUUGCUACCGUCCGGCGCCGCAAGUCGUAGCCAGCAGGGUGCGGGAGCCGCGGUAGUUCGUCUGAAAACAAUCCGUCGGGCCGACUAUGGCCGGGGCGCUGCCGACCACCGGCAACCUGCCGCGAGUGCGGAAGCGUUACGGCUGAGAGCGCGGGGACUCCAGGUCGGGCAGGGGACGACGUGCGCGGAGUACUUCUCGUCUCUGCUGCGUCAACAUGGGGCUCUUUCGAUCAGAGACCAUGUGCAGUGGCACCCUGGUGCUACCUAUGGUUUGCAAAAAUGUCUGGGUCUGGGAGAGUGGAAUUUGUGAUGCGUGUCUUGCAGUCCUGGAAAAUCUGUGUUCCAUGAGCAGCGAAAGAGGAGCGUCCUUUGUCAUGCAAAAACGCAAUUUGUGAUGCGUGCCAGGCUUCAGCAGGCGUCUCAAAAACUUGUCAUGCUUGGCUGCCAUUGCGAGCGCUUCAAUCGUGCUCAGUUCAGCAUCACAGGUUUCCAGACCCAGGCAUAUUUGCAUUUGAUACUGCCCGUCGAGAAGGCUCGCCACUUCGUGGACGUGCUGGGUUCGAACGCGAACUUGCAGUUUCAGGACCUUCACGCGGCCACCGUCGCCCCGCAGAGACCGUACUAUUUGUUUUCGUUCCAAGCUGCAUUGGUCUGCCGUCAGUUUUUGAUAAUUAUAAUUUCGUCAUUUUUGGCAUGAAGAAACAAAGCGUGGUGCGUUCACUUACAGAUGAGAAUGACGCCAUCGAAGCGAUGAAUAAUAAAUACCAGGUAUAAGAAGUUUAUCCAGCGCAUUGAGGAAGUGGAGCGGGAGGUGCGCUUUCUCUUGGAGAAGUGCCGCCGGGCCGAAUUGACGAUGUUCCAGAACGAUGUGGAAGGCUUUUAUCCAGGCUGGGCUUUAGUUGAGUCGGCUGCAGAUUUGAGUUUCCAUUUCUCAGUAGAUAGAGAUGAUUUCUGAAGAAAUGUGACAAAAAUUCGGCACCACAUCCGUGGGACGUCGCAAGAAGAAUCUAGCUACUCUUCGAUUUUAUUCCCCGACGAUGCCCAAGCCCAUGUGAGGCCGACCUAUGGUUUAUUGGCCUUGCAACUACAGCAUGCAUUAAUUCUUAAUCACAUGCUGCAAGGAGCACAAAUGAGGUGCAGUUUGGCUCAAUCGAAGACGCGAAUUCCAUACUCGCCUCGCUGCGCAAGGUAGCUCGCCGCUAAAGCUGGAUCAGGUCGAAGCGGAGGUGCGCCAAACUUUCCGAAACAUUGCGGCCCUGGACGAAAACCAGAAACAGUUGUUGGCUGCGCGCAACGCGAGCAUCGAGGAGCGGUACGUGGUGGAGUCCGCGUCGAUGGCUUUGUUCCAGGGCGGCGGCGGCCUCGCCGGCCCGGGCGUCGGCCCCGGGGCAGCCUCCGGCUCCGCGUUGCUCUCGGACGUCGUGAUCGGUAGCCCGCUGGUGAGCGAGGCCCACCACCCCGACACGACCUUCGCGGAGGCGCAGAAGUUGGUGAACCGGCCGGACGAGCACCUGCUGGGCGGGGGAUCCUUCGGGUCAACCGGCGGGGCCGCCACCAGUAUGAUGUUCAACAACGCCGCCGGGGUGGUGAACCAACUCGACCAGGAGCGGUUUGCGAAGUUCGUGUUCCGGUCCACGCGCGGCAACGCCUUCACGCACUUCCGGCAGAUCACAGAGCCCCUGACGGAUCCGAAGACCGGGGAGGACUGCCAGAAGAGCGUGUUCGUGAUCUACUACCAGGGGAACUCCAGCUCCGCCAUGCACGCCCGGAUUUUGAGGGCGUGCAACCAGUUUGGCGCCAACACCUACCCCUGGGUCACCACGGCGCAGCAAGCCCGCGAAAAGCUGCGCAGUGUGACCGUCGAGGCCUCGGAGAAGGAGCGCGCACUCAUGGCCAGCGAGCGCCUACUCCGCGACGAGCUGCUGCACAUUCUGGAGCGCCAGUCCGGCAGCUACAACAGCCUGCUGGAGGACUGGCGCCUGUUCCUGUUGAAGGAGAAAGGUACUUAAAAAUGAUACUGCUUGGACGAGGAGCUUUCUCAUUUUGUCGUUAUCAGUGUAGUACUCAUUACUCACGCGUGGUUGAAGGCGCGUUGUGGAGCACCGAUGGUAGUAGGUAGUACGACCUAUUGUUUCGAUUCAAUCUAUGCAGGCAUCUACGCGGUACUGGAUAUGUGCGAGGGGGAAGGGACGACGUUGCGGGCACAGGUGUGGUAUCCCGCCUACGAAGAAGAUUACGUUCGCCGCGUUUUGAUAGCCGAAUCGCGGACCACGCACUGCUCUGCAAUGCUCAUCACCGACCGUAUUGGGAAAUUCAUAAAGUGUUGCAGGCAGAAAGGGAAGAGUUUUGUUGUUAUACAGCAAAGUUGAAAAUAAGAAGACGCUAGAUAGCGGGAAGACGUUCGUUCUUUAGGCGAUGAUGUUUUACCCGCUUACCGCACGAGGCAGCGGCACUUCACUACAACGCAGCUGCGUUCAUGCAACUUUCUAGGUUCCAGUUUCUCGGUGGGCGGACAUCAUGGGGGCGAGCAAAAAUCCGGGCCGCCGACAUACUUUAAGACGAAUGCAUUUCUGUCCCCGUUUCAAACUAUGGUGAACACCUACGGUGUGCCCAGAUAUCAGGAAAUGACGCCAGUCUUGUUUUCCGCGGUGACCUUCCCGUUUCUCUUCGGCGUUAUGUUUGGGGACAUCGGGCACGGGCUCUAUCAAAUGCAAAAAUGUCUGGGUCUGGAAACUUGUGAUGCUAAAAGUGAAUGGUAGACGGACUGCAAUACGCAGCUACGCAUGACAAAUUUUUUGGCUCCCAUGUCUUAGGUAUUCCGCAUGGCAAACUGCGCUUUUGCGUGACAGGUAAGAGGGCCUUUUCGUGCCUAUGCAACACAGAUUCUCAGGUCAUGCCAGACAAGCAUGACAAACUUGCAUUCUUCCAGACCCAGACAUUUUUACAGUUGAUAGGCUCAUGCUCUUCGCAAUAGGGAUCGGAAUCACGCAGCACGAGCACUUGAUUAAGUUCCAGUACCCAGCGAUCUGGGACUUCCGCUACAUGGUAAGAAGAAGUACGUAUGUUCUUUGUUUCUCAUCACAAAUGAGGUCCAUUGGCAUCCACUGCAUCUGCAGCAUCGUGAUUGUGAAUGCUGGAGGCCCUUUGUUUUUUUUUCGUGCAUAUUGUGAUGAAAUUCAAAAAAUACACAGCUCGUCAUGAUGGGUUUUUUUGCAGUGUACGCGGGGUUGCUUUACAACGACUUUUUCUCACUCGGUGUGAAUUUGCUAGGGUCGAGAUGGAGAAAUCCCGGGCACGAAAGUGAUCGAACACAGUACUAUUUCAGUCAAGACAUCAGUUUGAUCAUUUGUGAUACUGUUUUUUGCGAAACCUCCCACACCGCAUCUGGGAACAGGGGUCGAAACAUUUUUCAGCACCAAUCCAGGUAUUGGGUUCCGAACUUUGAUCCUAAGAACCGAGGGCAGACCAUGGUCGAGGGCGAGCAGGGUCGGCAGUACGUAGCAGACCACCAGGGCCCCUACCCCUUUGGCGUGGACCCCGCUUGGAAGGGGGCGCAGAACGAGCUGAAUUUCAUGAAUAGCAUGAAAAUGAAGAUCUCCGUGCUACUCGGGGUGGCGCACAUGAUUCUCGGCUUGUUUCUCCGCUUGUCGAACGUGAUUUUUGAGCGCAACCGGAUCGACUUCUGCUUCGAGUUUGUGCCCAUGAUGAUGUUCAUGGUGGCCUUUUUUGGCUACAUGGACUACAUGAUUCUCUACAAGUGGGUGACGCCCAUGCGCGACCCGCCCAGCAUCAUCAACACGCUGAUCUGCAUGGUGAUGCAGACGGAGAACAAGCUGCCACUGUACGAACACGCGAAGGAGACCCAGUGGUUCCUCUUCCAGUGCAUGCUCGUCUCCGUGCCGCUUUUGCUGAUACCCAAACCGCUGAUCCUGUGGGCGCUCGCCAAGCACCGCACGAACCAGCACCGGGCCGGCCAAAGCUUCAUGCCACUCUCGGAAUCCUCCGCCGUCGCCUACGAGCCGGAGAAGGAGCCCAAAUUCGACUUCGGCGAAACCUGCAUCCACCAAAUCAUCGAAACGAUCGAAUUCGUGCUCGGUACUUCGCGUUUUUUUUUGUCCUUGUUGCCGAAGAAACAUUUCUUGACGCAUUCAAAUCAUAUUCCUUCAUCGCCGCUUGUGUUGUUGCAUGGAAAUCAAUGAUUUCAUAUAUGUUCCUGCAUUUCAAUCCUCCGAACGGAACACUCCACCACGACAGGGAGCGUGUCGCACACGGCGUCCUACCUCCGUCUCUGGGCGUUGUCGCUGGCGCACCAACAGCUGAGCGUGGUCUUCUUCAAGAUGUUGUUCGCAAGCAGCCUCGCGGCGGACAAUUUUAUCUUGAUAAAAGCGGUGAAGAUUUACGUGAGCUUUUUCAGCUUCAUGCUGGUCACGGUAGCCAUUUUCCUUGGCAUGGACGUGAUGGAGUGUUUCAUGCACACGCUGCGUCUCCACUGGGUCGAGUUCCAGUCCAAAUUCUACCGCGCCGACGGGCACGAAUUCCUGCCGUUCCGGCACGAGAAAUUGCUGAGCGCGGAUCGCGGAACGUAACUGGGAUGAAAGGACAGGUAGUUCUCUGGGAACUUUUGGUUGGGGCAGCAGCUGCUGUAAAGUUUACUUGUACAUCAGAACUUAGUGAGUUGGAAGUUAAAAAUUUUAUUGCGUCUGACGCAAGAACGCGAGAUACUUUAUUAAAAACCCGAAAUUUCAAACAGUACAAACACCACUUAUUUGAGUACUUACUUUGCUGAUUACUUUGCUAAAAGAAGGAGCGCCCCGUCGGCAUAUGUUCAGAAAGCCGGACAUGACGUAGAGUUUUUCAUUCGCGAACAAGCUUGGCGGGGGAUUUUCGCACGGAGGUUGGUUGUACAUGUACUGGAGCAACUGUAUGUAAAAUUUUUUGAAAUCAUGAAUCAAUCUGGGCCACGAAAACUCAUGUGAGAUCUCUUGUUGGGCUUGUUCAGAGUGUUUCUGAGGGUGUUUUGUACUUAGUUGUGAGCUAAGUGUUAGCGACUGGUUUUGUACGGGGACGCACUUCAGAGGCC